AUGGAUACACUCUCUAGCAAAUGUAAUCUGCCUCCAGAGAAAGUCUUCUCUAUCCAAAUUGGUUCCGAAGUAUUUCGUCUCUCGGGUGCUUCAAUCGCCUCUGAUGCUCCAUCCUACUUCUCACGCUUCUUCGAGGAGCAAUUACUCCAUCAAGAUGCUGCCAACAUCAGGACCCUUUAUAUCGAUCGCGAUCCCAUGACAUUCCGUGAGAUCGCUAGGCACCUACAAGGUUACCAUGUCCGCCCUCAAGAUGGCGCGCAAUACGUGAAGUUAUUCGCAGAUGCACAAUUCUAUACAUUACCCCGAUUGAUGUCCCAGAUGUUCGAGUCCGAAUGUUUCAUUCAAAUCGGCGACCGCCACUUCCAGAUCCCUCGCGAUAUCUUCUCAGGUCCCGGUGACGCUCCAAAUUUUUUCACUCUCGGAUUCGCCGCCUUCUUUGCCUCACCGACUGAGGUGUUUCCAGGCCUGGACCGCCAGGGUCUCUUGCGACCUCCGGCCAUUGUCCCCCCAAGCGUUCCGAACCGAUCUGCGGAUGUCUUUGAUGAGCUCCUACAUCUGCUACGCGGGUAUCCGCUACAUAUUAGAAACGAAGAUCAUCGCGCUUCGCUCCUGCGCGACUGUCGUUACUUCCAUCUGCGCGGUUUGGAACAAAAAUUGAUCCCACAUCAGAUAACGACGAAUCCCUUCAGCCAGCGUUUGGAAAUCGUCAUCCGGCUCGAGGAUGUACGACCAUCUGGGAUUCAAUUUACCUUCGACGCGGUUUCUGGGUUGCCUACAGUGGGUGGAAAUGUCACAUACAUGCGCCCAUUUGUAGACGAGAACGCCGCCGAUCUGGUUGUGGAGAUCGGCGACGAGUCUAGUCUGAUCCAUCGGGGGAGCAUGCGUGCUGACUUUCUCGGCCUUUCCAAACAAAGAAUUUCCAGCCUGUUGCAGACUCUAGGGAAAAAAAUGAAGUUGUCUGAUUCACAUCCGCCAUUGGGCCAAGUGCCAAUCAAGGUCCGUGUUGACCGUGAAACUGAUCUCACAGUGGAUGGGGAACAAGACCCUCGGCAUCUGAUGAUACCGAGAGUCAAUGCCGAAGCUGGCACUGAUUGUGUGCCUCCAGCUAAACGUCCACGAGUCGAUGAUACGGACGACGGGCUCUGUGUUGUACGGACAGGACAAUGGCGAUUGCAAGUGCAGAAAGGGUCUACCGGGGCUUACGAGGUGGUCCUGGUUGCUGUCAAAUUGGACGUAUAUACCAGCUCGCAAGUUCGAAACAGGUCACGGAAAUUCCUCUAG